UAGAAAUCAAUCAUAUAUUGGCACUUCCUAUCAAGAGAGUUUGGCUGAACCCAAUUUUACUAAAUUAUCAUUAUCUCAAACACAACAAGGAUAGAUCAUCCUCAUAGGCGAUGUUGUUUAGUGGUUCAGCGAUCCCAUUAAGCAGCUUCUGCUCUCUUCCGGAGAAACCCCACACUCUUCCUAUGAAACUCUCUCCCGCUGCAAUCCGAUCUUCAUCCUCAUCUGCCCCGGGGUCGUUGAACUUCGAUCUGAGGACGUAUUGGACGACUCUGAUCACCGAGAUCAACCAGAAGCUGGAUGAGGCCAUACCGGUCAAGCACCCUGCGGGGAUCUACGAGGCUAUGAGAUACUCUGUACUCGCACAAGGCGCCAAGCGUGCCCCUCCUGUGAUGUGUGUGGCGGCCUGCGAGCUCUUCGGUGGCGAUCGCCUCGCCGCUUUCCCCACCGCCUGUGCCCUAGAAAUGGUGCACGCGGCUUCGUUGAUACACGACGACCUCCCCUGUAUGGACGACGAUCCUGUGCGCAGAGGAAAGCCAUCUAACCACACUGUCUACGGCUCUGGCAUGGCCAUUCUCGCCGGUGACGCCCUCUUCCCACUCGCCUUCCAGCACAUUGUCUCCCACACGCCUCCUGACCUUGUUCCCCGAGCCACCAUCCUCAGACUCAUCACUGAGAUUGCCCGCACUGUCGGCUCCACUGGUAUGGCUGCAGGCCAGUACGUCGACCUUGAAGGAGGUCCCUUUCCUCUUUCCUUUGUUCAGGAGAAGAAAUUCGGAGCCAUGGGUGAAUGCUCUGCCGUGUGCGGUGGCCUAUUGGGCGGUGCCACUGAGGAUGAGCUCCAGAGUCUCCGAAGGUACGGGAGAGCCGUCGGGAUGCUGUAUCAGGUGGUCGAUGACAUCACCGAGGACAAGAAGAAGAGCUAUGAUGGUGGAGCAGAGAAGGGAAUGAUGGAAAUGGCGGAAGAGCUCAAGGAGAAGGCGAAGAAGGAGCUUCAAGUGUUUGACAACAAGUAUGGAGGAGGAGACACACUUGUUCCUCUCUACACCUUCGUUGACUACGCUGCUCAUCGACAUUUUCUUCUUCCCCUCUGAUUUUGGGCCCUCUUUUACAUUUGGGCCUUCCUUCGCUAUACGAAAUUAGGCCCUGUAAUGGACUGUGUAUCGUUCAUUUUUAGCCCAGAGCUUCUUCGCUUGACCAUUCAUCUUCGCUACCACCUGUCAUUAUCAUUGUUUUUUUUUUGUGUCGGCCAUGUCAAAAUCAUUUAGUUACUACAUGUACUUUUAACCAAAUUUAUAGCAAUCUACUAUGUAUGUAUUUAUUUAUUUAUUUUGACCAAAAU